UGAAGGCGCCUGUGGUCCCGAAUGCGACGGAGGCUCCACGUGAGCCAUGGAUACGCCGCUGAGGCGCAGCCGGCGACUUGAAGGCCUAAGACCUCUGUCCCUAGAGACCCUUCCUGACCCCGCAGAUUCUCGGGUAAGACGGGUCCUUGUAGAGUUCGAGUCGAACCCGGAAGAAACAAGCGAGCCCAAGUCUCCGGGAGUGCAGCCUCUGGACCUUGCAUCUCCCCAGCCUGAGCCGGAGACAACCCCGGGAUCACCCUGUCUGAAACAAGAUGCCGGCUUUGGGUCCCCCAAAAGGCAGCCAGAGCCUGACCCCGGGUCCCUUCAUCCUCUGCAAGAUCUGGGCCUGGUGUCACCUGCAGGACAGACAGAAUCGAGUCCGGAAUCCCCCCAGCGAGAGGAGUCGUCUAAAUGCUCUGCCACACCGGGAGAACUGGACUCAGAGGUGGUCCCAGUAUCCCCAGAGCCCUGCCCGGGCCAGCAAGCACCGGGUCCCGAGCCCUCUCAGCCAGUGCAGGAGCUGACAGCCCAGGCACCCAGUUCCCCAGAGCGCCCGCAGGAAUCAAGCAGUCCACCUCCGGCUGGCCAGACGGUGACAGGGGGCCUCAACAUAAAGAAGCGAGUUAUAGCUUCUCCCCAGGCCCCGGCGUCCAAGAAAUUGAAGGAGAAGGAGGAGCUUCCUGUAAUCCCGAAGGGGAAGCCCAAAUCCGGGCGUGUGUGGAAAGACCGCUCCAAGAAGAGGUUCUCCCAGAUGGUUCAGGACAAGCCCCUGCGUACCUCCUGGCAGCGGAAAAUGAAGGAGCGACAGGAGAGGAAGCUGGCCAAGGACUUCGCCAGGCACCUAGAGGAGGAGAAACAGAGGCGCCGGCAGGAGAAGAAAGAGCGCCGGGCUGAGAACCUGAGACGCCGCCUAGAGAAUGAACGAAAGGCUGAGAUUGUCCAAGUGAUCCGAAACCCCGCCAAGCUCAAGAAGGCGAAGAAGAAGCAGCUGCGCUCCAUUGAGAAGAGAGACACCCUGGCCUUGCUCCAGAAGCAGCCACCCCAGAGGCCUGUAGCCAAGGCCUGAGCUCAGGACAGCCUGGAGGCCUGCACUAGCCAAGAGCCACAGCAAACAAGCCACCUCUCAGGCCACUGUCAGACACCUCUCCUGGGGCCAGCACGCCAACUCUGUUGCAUUAAGACAGGGACCACAGCCCUGAGGGAACCCAGAACCUCACAGGGUCUCAGGAGAGAUUUAACUGUCUCCAUCUCCUUUCAGGUCUUUUCCAGAGUGCCUUAAGAUCUUGAACUGUUGCUGGGCAGUGGUGGCGCACACCUUUAAUCCCAGCACUUGAGAGGCAGAGACAGGUGGAUCUCUGAGUUUGAAGCCAACCUGGUCUAUGGAAUGAGUUCCAGGACAGCUAGGGCUACAAAGAAGCCCUGUCAAACAACAAAAAAAGAUCUUGACUGUGAUUUCUUGUUCCCAGUAAGCUAGUAACUAACUCCCUGUCUCAGGGUCCUGAGUCUAGCCUACACCUGGAGGCCUGCUGUCAGAAGUCAGCUCCUCCAUUUUCCCAAAGACCAGCCACCUUGGCCACUUGUAAUUCUGCUGACUGAAGCUAACCCCUCCCUGUAAAGCGAGGAGGUUGCAGGGAGCUGGGUUCCUCUCUAGCACCCCUUUCCCACACUGGACUGUAGAAGCCUUAGGACUUGAGCCGUGCCCAUCUGGUCUUUCACAGAAGUGUUUAUUGAUGUCUGCACAAGUACAAUCUAGGCUUCCAGAAAGACACAAGUCCCUGCCACAUUGGGCUUUCAUUCUUAUAAUAAACCAUUAAAAUGCA